AACCACUUCAACCAGCUCGACGCGCUGAAAACUUUCCUUCAUCAUGUCAGAGCCUGUACUAGGAAAGCGCACGAGGAACGGUACGGAUAAUGGCGCUGAAGAAGAUCUCGUAGAUCCUGUUCAGCAGCAGGAUGACGAUGACGACGAUGUAGGACCAAUGCCAGUACCAGCAGACGCAGAGGGUAGCGUGAAAAAGAAGCGUAAAGUACUUCCCCAUGAACGACUGUAUUUGGAACAUCUUCCCGACGCGGAGCAAUACUACAAAAGCUUCAUGCAUCGGGACGUGAUAAACUUUUGCGUCGUCACCAAGACCGAAUUUCUCAUCACAACCUCGGUUGACGGCCACCUCAAACUUUGGAAGAAGCAGGACAACGGCAUCGAGUUUGUGAAGCUCUACCGUGCCCAUCUGACCCCCGUCAAAGCGGUAUCCGCAAGUGCGGAUGGACAGCUCUUCGUAACGGUGUCCGAUGAUGGCACUGCUAAAGUGUUUGACGUUGUGAACUUUGACAUGAUUAAUAUCAUCACCUUGGGUUUUACCCCACACUCAUGUUGCUGGGUACAUCGACGUGGACAGGCUGGAUUGCUAGCAGUAUCUGAUUCGGCAUCAGGGACAAUCAAACUCUACGAAGGUCGAGGAGACGGCACUCCACUCGAAACCAUUGAAACUCUGCACCGAUUCCCUGUCCACGUCAUGACGUACAGUGACCGUUAUGACUGCGUGAUAUCCGCUGACGAGGGAGGUUUUGUGGAGUAUUGGCAGCCCUCCGAGCCUUUCUCGCUGCCCAAAAACGUGUCAGGGCUCUGGUCUUUUAAAAGCGAGACCGAUUUGUACGACUUCAAAAAGUCAAAGUCCACCCCAACAUGCAUAACUCUCUCGCCUGACUCCUCUUCCUUCGUCACAUUCUCAUUGCCAGAUCGACAAAUCCGUGUGUUUACUUUCCUAACUGGGAAGCUUCAUCGCAAAUACGACGAAUCACUAGCAGCAGUUCAAGAGAUGCAGCAGGCUGGUACUGCUGUGUACAAGGUAGAUGACAUGGAGUUUGGACGACGGUUGGCCAUAGAACGAGAGCUUGAGUUACCUGGUCCUGACGGCCUGAUUCCCGGGCGCUGGAGCAACGCGAUCUGGGAUGAAAGUGGCGCAUUUAUCAUCUAUCCUUCAUUGUUAGGAAUAAAAGUCGUCAACACUGUCAUCAAUCGUGUAGUUCGCCUUCUCGGAAAGGAUGAAUCCAACCGAUUUUUGAAUGUGAGCGUGUAUCAAGGAGCUCCAGCGAAGCGGAAUGUCACGACUAUGGCAAUGGCUGCUUCAGCGAAUCCAAUCUUGGCUGAUAAAGCCCAACGAGAUCCUUCUUUCUUCUGUACAGCGUACAAGCGGCCCAGGUUCUAUAUCUUCACUCGCUCGGAGCCGGACAACAAAGAGGGCGAGCGAGAUGUAUUCAAUGAAAGACCCACCCGUGAAGAACAGAAUAUCGCUUCUGCUGUGCCCGUCGCGUUGAAUGGACCAUCACCCCUAGCAAACUCAGCCACCAUCCACACGACAGUGGGUGACAUUCAUAUGCGGCUGUUCCCAGCGCAAGCGCCGAAGGCUGUCGAGAAUUUUGUCGGUCAUGCACGCAGCGGAUACUUCGAGGGUAUCAUAUUCCAUCGGGUCAUUCCCAAGUUCAUGAUCCAGACUGGAGAUCCGCUUGGAGAUGGUACUGGAGGCAUGUCGAUUUGGGGCCGAGAGUUCGAAGAUGAGUUCUCUGACGACCUCAAGCAUGACAGGCCAUAUACCGUUAGCAUGGCGAAUGCUGGUCCAAAUACCAAUGGAUCCCAGUUCUUUAUCACCACUACGGCCACGCCGUGGUUGGAUAAGAAGCAUACAAUCUUUGGGCGCGUCAUUUCAGGUCUGGAGGUUGUACAUGCUAUUGAGAAUGUCAAGGCGAACAAGGCAGACAAGCCGUUCGAGGACAUCAAAAUUGUUAACGUUGAUGUAGAAUAAUAUAUAUCGGUGUCUUUAUGUGCUAUUACAUAUACUUACAUACGUGGCAAUGAAGAAGUACUGACCGGCACAGUUCCAACGGACUCACCACAAUACUCUGGUUAGUAAAAAAAAAUACAGCGAAUCUCCGAUCAUGAGAUCU